CAGAAUUUGAAUCAGCACAUGCCCACUGCAACCAGCUCAUAUCCACCCCCAAACUCAGACUCUUUUCUCUUGACCAUCCCAUUGUCACCAGGAUUUCUUCAUUUUGAGCCACCGCAUCUCCUCAAGCACUCCAAUUCGUCGCAUCAUGUCCACCGUGCAGGCGCCAUUGUUAUGGGUGCCUCUCAAAACAACUUCGGAUGUCUCGUAUGCCCCAUCUAUUCGUCAGACGAUUAUCCAGACCUACCAGGAAUCAGCCGAUAGCUACAAAGAAGAAAUCGCCGCCCUCGAUCGAUGUCGGCAAGAUGCCCUCAGGGGUAGCGCAGGAAGUGACAUAACUGGUCGGGACUUACUGUACAAGUACUUUGGUCAACUCGAACUUCUCGAGCUCCGAUUCCCUGAGGUCCGAGUCCCAUUCCCUUGGAAGGAUGCUUUCACCGGCAAAGAAAUAUCACAACUAUCACUUGCUUACGAAAAGGCAUCCGUCAUCUUUAAUAUUGCAGCCACCCUCUCCUCAUUGGCUGCGCAGCAGAAUCGAACAUCUACCGAGGGUAUCCGUCGAGCGUUCCAUAACUUUAGAUGCGCUGCUGGGAUGUUUACCUACAUCAACGACAACUUUCUACACGCCCCGUCAACCGAUCUGAGCCGAGAAGUGGUCAAAGUCCUUGUUCAACUGAUGAUUGCCCAAGCCACCGAAGUUUUUGUCGAGCGAAUGACUGAGGAGAAAGAGAAGAAACCGUUUGGAUUGAGAGCUCGAGUCAGCACUCAAGCCGCUUUCCUCUACGGUAGUAUCAUAGAAGAUGUAAAGGAACUGGUCAACAAGGGGAUUUUCGAACGCAGCUGGACUUGGCUUGUUCAAUGCAAGCACAAAUACUUUGUCUCAUUGGCCCAAUACCAGCGAUCUUUGGCCGAUUCAGCUUCCUCUAAACAUGGCGAUGCUUUGGCUCGACUUCAAAUCGCAGAAACAGCCGCAAAAGAAGCCUCUCGAUUUGCAACAUCGUUUUCCACUUCCUUUACGACUGCUAGCAGCGCAGGCUCAGCUACCCUUCCCUCUGACGCUGCGACCUCACUGUUGGAUCUCACACGAACACAUUUGGCGCUUUGUAAUGAAGCAAAGGUUUCAGAACAGCGGGACAACGAUUUGAUCUAUCAUGAAGCAUUGCCCUCAGAAGCGGCUCUCCCCCCAAUUGAGAAGAGUAGUGUCGGUGAGCCCAUUGCGAUUCAGGAAGUAUACGGAGCACCGGAGGUUCAGAAAGUCGUUGGCCAAGACAUUUUCGUUCGCCUUGUCCCACUCAGCGUUCAUCAAAGCUCAAGCCUUUACAGCGAAGAAAAGGCGAAGCUCAUUCGAACCGAAGGGGAAAGGUGCGAAACGGCUGAUACAGAACUCGUCACUGCCCUCGAAUUCGCGGGUUUGCCAGCGAGCUUGGACAAAUUCAAUGAUUUUGUCAACAAUGGAUCGACGCGACUGAGUGAGAUGACGGAACCUCCCAACCAAGUCCUCGAAUGGGCAGAAGCUGUACAACACGCCAAAGAAGUUAAACCAAUUGAGAAGAUGUGGGAUGAGUUGACCGGUCUGCGUAACAAAGUCCAUCACGAUCUUGACAGCAUUGAACAAAAGCUCGACACCGACGCUCGCGAUUGUGAGCAAAUGCGUGUAAAAUAUGAUCAUCUUUGGGAACAACAACCGUCUUCCAAUUUCACUAAGGCAUGGAGGCAAAGCUUGAAGUCCCAUCGAGAAGCACUGGAGGAGGCUAGGAAGUCUGAUCAGCAAAUCGAUGAGAUUUGGCAAUCAGCAAAGACGGACCUUGGAAUCCUGGCUGAUCCAACUCGGCAGUCGGUGCGCCGAUUGUUUACAGAGAACAUGCAACAUAGAGACAACUCGAACGCCAACAGUCUUCUCGACAUGCUCGAUGUUAAUGAUGAUGAAUCCGAAAUGUCACAAAUGAAGAACAUGAUAACAGCAAUUCAAGAAAAUAUCAGUCGUCUUCAAGCCAUCAAAAAGGAGCGAAACGGAGUGCUGCAAGACCUGAAGGAACGAAUUCAAGCGGAUGACAUCUCACAACUUUUGAUUUUAAAUCGGAAAGCUCAAAACAUUGAGCCUGCAUUGUUUGCUGCUGAGCUUGAAAAGUUCCAGGCCCAUUCUGGCCGGAUCAGCGCCACAAUACACCUACAGACAACUGCCAUCCAAGAAUUAACGGCCCACUACAAAUCUUUGGUCGACAGCAGGCGAGGGAAAGAUAUACAGGAACGAUGGACAAACGCAUCGAAAAGAAUGGCACAAGCCACGAAUCGGUUACAAGCAGCGUAUCAAUCUCAUGAGGAAGUUCGAUCAGCACUGCUGAAAGGAAUUCACUUCUAUCGCGAAACUCAAACGGCGGUAAUUGAGAUUCAGAGACAAGCUGAAAGUUUUCUCAGUAAUCGGGUAGCUGAACGGAUGCGUAUGGUCACUCAAGCUGAAGCUAAAUCAGAUAGGAAGGACGCCAAUCGGGGACAGGCCCAUAAUCUGGAUCAUCAAAUGGCCAGAAUGAACUUAGCCAAUUCGUCGUUAUCAUCUCCUGCCUCGGGUCCUGUCCCUCCACCCCUACCGCCCCCGCCUCGACAAUGGCAACAACCAGUCAAUUCUAGCUCCCCUGGGCCCCCAUAUCAGACCUUUUCCCCUUACUCAACUGGCUCGGAUCGGACCUCAGCUUCAGCAACUCAGGCCCAUUAUUCCUCACCCUCACCACCAUCCGCUGAUCCAUAUGCUUCAUUGGCAUCCUUUGGCUCAAUCAACCCCUCUACAACGCCCGUAUCCCAGAACCUCUCUGGCCCGGUCCACCCCCAAGUUUCUCAUCAGUAUUCGGGACAAGCUCAGGCUUCAAUUCCCCAACAGUAUUCCGGUCAAGCUCCACCACCUCCCCCUUCAGCCCCUCCCCAGCGUCCUGCUCAGUUUCAUCAUCAACACAACGCAUUCCCAGCUAACGCCCAAUACGAUCCCGUUGCUGCAUCAGCUGGCCCGCCCAAGCCUGCUUUGCCGCCACCUCCUCCACCGGUAACCUACCAAUCUGCUGUUGCACAAGCCCAAAAUCCAAACUCGUCGUGGACCUCUUCUCAACCCUCUGAAGCCCUUCACCACCAUGCUCAACAGCCUGGUCCAUCACCGAUGCAUUAUCCUUCUGCUCCGCAACCUCGGCCACCAGUGGGCCCUCUGACCUCACAUUACCAUCAGAACAGCACUGCUCAGACUUACGUUCCCAACCAUCAAUUCUCUGCUCCGACCGUCCAGGCCUAUCAUGAUCCCAGGAACGGUAUGAGCUACGGUUCUGCAACUCAAAGUCCUCAACCACCGCCGAAGUCCGAUCCAAUUUAUCCAAAUCAUGGCGGAUGGCAACAGGGCCAACAACAUCCUAAUUCAUACACCACAGCUCCCCAUAAUUCUUAUUACCCUAACCCCGCACCACCGCCACCACCACCACCACCACCACAUGGAUCAAGGUAUCAGUAGUCCAUGAUCUGUUUAUUGUAGCUUGUAAGAUCUUAAGCAAUCUCGUAUGAACAUAUACACCAUUUUUUGUUUCUUUAGAUGAUUUUUUUUUUCAAGUAGCACAUUGUAUGCAACUAUUUAUUAGCUACUUUCUUCUUUUUUUCUCCUGGUGUGCCUGUGCCUUGUUGUUGAGCCGUUAAAAUAAAGUUUGAUCAAGUUGUGAGUGACCACAAAAAAAAAAGCUCACUAGAUGACAGGUGACAUUAUGUAUGUAGCAUUGGUUACCACUCCAGUGUUGUUCUGGUGCUGCUGCAAUCCAACUACAAAUUCAAUGGCCCCUUUG